AUGGACACGUAUCGCAUCAACCGCUUCAACGUCAGCGAAUCGAAGACUUAUACAAACCGUCUCAUUCAAGGUGGAUUGCGUUAUCAGAAGCUCAAUCUAUCCAGCGCAGGAGAGCUGGAGCUUUCGUUUGUUGGGUUUCUGCCAUCCAUUGACCCUAAGUCGACAUCUGAUCUCUCAGGCACGUUCGAGUGCUCUGAUCCACUGAUCAAUCGAAUUUGGGCUACCGGAGCUCGCACGGUGCAGCUCACUGAAAUUGCCGCUGAAAGCCUGCCAGAUUUCUGGGUCAUCACCGACGAAGGGGCUUUAGUCGACAGCCUCGCUCCGCAACCGUUCGCGCAAGAUUACGCCGCAACCAUGACGACCUAUGAGCUGAACUUCACGGUGAAACCAAUUUCCAAUGGCUUUGGAUUUACGGUUCUCAGCGAUACACUCGGCAAUGGAAUCUACCUCUUGGUGGAUGUUGUGAACGGGAUUGUCUCUGCUCACGCCGGUUCCUCGGAGUGGAACUCUCCCACAUUGACGUCUGCUGCUCUCCCCCAGUCGGUCACUCUAGACAACUGGCAUGACGUUCAUUGCGUGGUGAAUCUUACUCAAAUCUCGAUUGAAAUUAACUCCGUCUCGGUGCUGGAAUUUUCUCAAACCUCGUCUUUCUACGGCUCUUUCGGACUGGGUGCAUCAUACACGCACGCGGCCGUGUUUACGAACGUCUCUCUGACGGCUUUUGGUCAGCAGAUGUACUAUUCUUCCUUGACCGACAAGUCUGCUCUGGAAGACUUCCAACUGGGCACCAAUCCAUUGCCAGUCAGUGUUGAUGGAUCUCGUCGGGAUCGAAUUGCUUAUGCAGGCGAUCUUGACAUUGCUGCAGGCGCGACAUUUGCCAGCACUCAUGGCCUCCAGUACAUCAACGGCUCAAUUGCACUUCUGGGCUCAUUCCAAGAGCUUCCAGGCUUUUUUGUCCCCACCGCCAAAGUCCAGCAGUUUCCUAGGACUUCAGAUGUCCAGGCCAAUGUGACCGGGUUGCUCAGUUACUCUUUCAGCCUUGCCAGUGCCAUGGCUCAGUAUUACUCUCACACGGGAGAUACUUCCUUUUUACAGCACUGGGCGCCCCGGAUAGCUCGUCUGUUUGAUUGGGCCGACUCACAGAUGCUACCGAAUGGCCUCUUCAACGUGUCCAAUGCGAUGUUUGGUGGUGACUGGGACUACUACGAUCCUUCCCUCGAUGGGGUCGUGGCAAAAUUCAAUCUUGUCUAUGCCUAUUCCUUGGCUCAAUGGCUUCCCUUCAUGGCUGAUGGUGGACUGAAUACCACGGUCUAUGAGUCUCGCCUACAGUCCUUGCGAAGUGCAAUCAACACUCAUCUCUGGAGUGAGACCCUCCAAGCAUUCUACCUUGCCGACUCUCACCAGGAUUUCUUUUCGCAGGAGGCCAAUGCUUUGGCCAUUCUGAGCGGAACCGCCAACACUACCCGGAGUCGUACGAUUCUCUCGAGUAUGAGUCGCGAUCUGUUGGUUCCCGCGGGUGCUCUCGCUUUCUCCAAUUCCAGCGCUAGCAGUGGUUGGACCCAGAAGAUCAGCCCUUAUGCGUCUGGAUAUCACUUGAAAGCUGCGUUCCAUGCCAAUGACACUUUAACCGCCAAGCAUCUUCUCAACACCAUCUGGGAGACAAUGAGUGACCCCAAGCAUGCCAACUACACGGGCUGUACGUGGGAGACCCUCAAUGCAGAUGGAACCCCCGGACUUGGAGAUUCCACAUCUCUUUGUCACACGUGGGGUUCGGGACCAACUGCCGAUUUGUCUCGCCAUGUACUUGGUGUGCAAACGGUCACCCCUGGGUUUAAAACAUGGAAGGUUGCUCCACAGACAUUGGAUCUGAACUGGGCCCGGGGUGCGCACCCAACUCCCCUUGGCCCUAUACAAGUACAUUGGCGCUUCGAUUCCGAGGGGUUGUUCUUUAUGAAUGUCACCGCUCCGGCAAAUACCCAGGGCACCAUUUACCUGCCGAGCAACAUGGCCAAGCCUUUAAAGACGUGCCGGGUGGUCUAUGGCAGCAAGGUUGAGAAAUCUUGCGCAGAAUCCUUCACCGUUUGUGGGGGCCAGACAUUUACCUUUCAGCAAAUGAGUUGA